AUGAGUAUCAUGUCGAGUCAAAUGCCAAUCAUUUUAUGUUGCAUGUGUGCAACGCCCAUUGUGGCAAAUGCUGCCAAUACAUGUGUAAGCUGUCUUAAGUCACAGGUGGACGUAACGGAAGGAAUUCCCAAGGAAGUGAUCAUCCAUCAGUGUCGUGGCUGCAUGCGCUGGUCGCGUCCGCCUUGGGUCGCAGCUGAUCUCGAGAGUCGUGAGCUGCUUGCCAUGUGUUUGAAAAAGAUCAACAACUUGAAUCGCGUCAAACUUAUUGAUGCCAAUUGGAUCUGGACGGAGCCCCACUCGCGGCGUCUUAAGCUCAAGCUCACAGUGCAAAAGGAGGUCAUGAGCAAAAUGAUCAUGCAGCAGUCGUUUGUCGUGACCUUUAUUGUGCGUAACCAGCAGUGUGACGCAUGUCAGGCCUCGUUUGCUAACCAGUCGUGGCGCGCGGUGGUACAAGUGCGUCAGCGCGUGGACCAUAAGCGCACGUUCUUUUUCUUGGAGCAACUUAUCCUCAAACACCGUGCCCAUGAAAAGACUACAAACAUUGAGUCCCACCCGGAUGGUGUCGACUUUUUCUUUUCGGAGCGUAACCAUGCGUUACGUUUUGUUGAUUUUUUGCAAGAGUCGGUGCCGCUGAAGCUAAAAACUGCCAAGAAGCUGAUUUCUGCUGACAAUCACAGCAAUACGCACAACUACAAGUUUACAUAUGCAGUGGAGAUCGCACCGGUAUGCAAGGACGACUUGGUUGUGCUGCCGGUAAAGCUAGCCCGUAUGUUGGGCAACAUGUCUUGCUUGUGCCUCGUGCAGUCCGUUUCUUCCUCUAUCCAUGUUGUUGACCCGCUCACUACCCAAGUAGCGGAAAUUGAUUCUGAGAAGUAUUGGCGCUAUCCGUUCCGCGCGCUGCGAUCGAUUAAGGCCAUGACGGAUUUCACUGUCCUUGACUCGAAUCCAAUGGCGAUCCCUGCUGGCGGCGGUCGUGCGAUCCGUGUGACUCGCAAGACCCGACUUGCUGAAAUGGAAGUUGUGCGUGAUGCUGAUUUCGGUGUCAAUGACACACGACUUAACACUGUGAGUCAUCUCGGUAUGAUUUUGCAUGCUGGAGAUUCCGUGCGUGGCUACGACCUUGAAUCUGCUGUGUUUAAUGACUCCGACUUGGUCCCGCUCGUUCAGUCCGGAGUAUCAAUGCCAGACAUUGUACUUGUGAAGAAGACGUUUCCGCGUCGGAUCCAAAAACGUGCACGCAACUGGAAGCUGAAGAAAAUGGAGGGGGUGGAACAGGCUGACCCUAUAUCCAAGGCUGAUCUCUCGAAGGAGGAGCAGGACUAUGAGCAGUUUUUGGACGAGCUUGAGGAGGACAAGGAAAUGCGUGCACAGAUUAAUCUGUACAAGGAUGAGACGAAGCAGAUCACGAAUGCCAACGCUAUGGAGGAGGACGAUAUGGGUGCUCCAGCUGUGGAAUUGCACGAGCUGCUUGAUGACUUGGCCAUGAAGGAGGAUGACCACACGCCGAAGAUUAUGGCUGAGACGGAAGCGAGCCAGGCUUCAGCUUGGGAGCUGGAAGAAUUGUAA